AUGCCCAUCAAAUCACUCCAGGCGCCAGUCGACGUCCCCCUCGUCGACAUCUGGUCAUACUACCUAGAGCAACCCAGAGACUAUCCCGCCGACAAACCCAUCUUCAUCGACUGCGACACAGGCAGAUCCCACUCCCUCGCCCAAAUCAAACGCCUCGCCCUCACCCUCGGCCAGGGCCUCAUCCACAGCCUCCAAUGGCGCAAAGGCGACGUCAUGGCCCUCUUCACGCCCAACAACAUCGACGUCCCCAUCCUCAACUUUGGCAUCCAGUGGGCCGGCGGCAUCGUCUGCCCCGCGAACCCGACCUACUCGCCCGAGGAGCUCGCCCAGCAGCUCACCGACUCUGGCGCAAAGGCCCUCCUCACGCAGAAGCCGCUGCUGGAGACGGCGAGAAGGGCCGCUGCGCUGGCGGGCUUGCCGGCGGACAGGAUCCUGCUGCUGGGGGAUGGGAGGGAUGAUGAGAAGGGUGUGCAUCGGCAUUGGACCGACAUCACGGCAAAGGGCGCGCGCGUGGUGCCGCAGAAACCGGCCAUUGAUCCUAAGAAGGAUCUGGCGUAUCUUGUGUACAGCUCGGGAACAACGGGCAUGCCCAAGGGCGUGAUGCUCAGCCACUACAACAUCGUCGCCCAGGCUCGCCAGGGAGAGAAAGGCGACCUCAGAACCAUCUCAUGGGACACGGACGCCCAGCUCGGCGUGCUCCCCUUUUUCCACAUCUACGGCCUCGUCAUUGUCCUGGCCACAUCCGUCUUCACGGGCGCCACAUGCGUUGUCCUGCCCAAGUUCGAUCUCGAAAAGGCCUGCCGGCUGAUCCAGGACCACAGCAUCACCUUCAUGUACGUCCCGCCGCCCAUCGUCCUCGCCCUGGGCAAGCACCCCGUCAUCGCAAAGUACGACCUGUCCUCCCUGCGAUGGAUCAACUCGGCCGCCGCGCCGCUGAGCAGGGAGCUGGCCGUUGCGGUGUGGGAGCGCCUCAAGGUCGGCGUCAAGCAGGGCUACGGACUGUCCGAGACGUCGCCUGCCGUCAUGCUGCAGCUUCCGGAGGAGUGGUGGAAGUUUCAGGGGUCGGUCGGGCGGCUGUAUCCUAGUAUGGAGGCCAAGAUUGUGGAUGAAGAUGGGACGGAGCUGGGCUACAACCAGUCCGGAGAGCUUCUCCUCAAGGGACCAAACGUCUUCUCCGGGUACUGGAAGCGACCCGAGCUGAACAAGGACACCUUCACCGAGGACGGCUGGUACAAGACGGGCGACAUCUUUUACUGCUGUCCUAAGGGCAACUUUUACAUUACCGACCGCAAAAAGGAGCUCAUCAAGUACAAGGGCUUCCAAGUGCCGCCCGCCGAGCUCGAAGCCAAGCUCAUCGGCCGCGAGGACAUUGCCGACGUCUGCGUCAUCGGCGUCUGGGACAAGGAGCAGCACACCGAGAUCCCGCGCGCCUACGUCGUCCUCAAGCCCGGCGUCCCCGAGACCGAGGCCAAGGCGCGAGAGAUUGCCGACUGGCUCAACGCAAAGGUCGCGCCGCCCAAGAAGCUGCGGGGCGGCGUGCGCUUCAUCAAGGAAAUUCCCAAGUCGCAGGCGGGCAAGAUUCUGCGGAGGGUGUUGAGGGAUCAGGUCAAGAAGGAGGAGGAGGAAGAGGAGGCCAAGGCGGCGGCGCCCAAGGCCAAGUUGUAA